ACAGACAGAUGAGUAAGUGCUGUGUGUGGAGUGUUACCACUGUAUCUUGUUAUCGACGAUCACAUUAAGAUGGUCCCGUAGCCCUCGCGCUCCGUAUCUGGAUAUUUCUACUUCCAUGUGGGAUGAGCAGCUGUGCUGAGCGAGACCGAGGAUCUGACAUCAACACCAUGAGGUGUCACAAGGUGAAAUCAGCGUAGUGUGAGCGUGAGCCCUGAGAGGGUGACCGGUUUUGUCCAUGGCGACGCCGGGGCUGGUGUCCCGGCUCCUGGUGCUGCUGGCAGUGUUAGCCGUGGCUCAUGCUUCCGUCUUCCAGUCCAAUCAGAGACUGAAACCACGGUUCCAGCGAGACCGCCGCAACAUCCGCCCCAACAUCAUCCUCAUCCUCACCGAUGACCAGGACAUUGAAUUGGGCUCCAUGCAGGUCAUGAAUAAGACCCGGCGGAUCAUGGAACAAGGUGGAACGCACUUCACCAACGCGUUUGUCACCACACCCAUGUGCUGUCCCUCACGCUCCUCCAUGCUGACGGGGAAGUACGCCCACAACCACAACACCUACACCAACAACGAGAACUGCUCUUCACCCUCCUGGCAGGCACAACAUGAGCCGCGCACUUUUGGAGUUUACCUCAACAACACUGGCUACAGGACAGCAUUCUUUGGGAAGUAUCUGAACGAGUACAACGGUACGUACAUUCCUCCGGGCUGGAGGGAGUGGGUCGCCAUGGUGAAGAAUUCCCGCUUCUACAACUACACCCUGUGCAGGAAUGGUGUCCGAGAGAAACACGGAUCUGAAUACGCAAAGGACUACCUGACAGAUCUCAUAACCAAUGACAGCAUCAGUUAUUUCCGCAUGUCAAAGAAGAUCUACCCACACAGACCCAUCCUGAUGGUGAUCAGUCACUCGGCCCCUCAUGGCCCUGAGGACGCGGCUCCUCAGUACACCACUGCCUUCCCCAAUGCAUCACAGCACAUAACGCCCAGUUAUAAUUACGCCCCUAAUCCAGACAAACACUGGAUUAUGCGUUACACCGGCUCCAUGAAGCCCAUUCACAUGGAGUUCACCAACAUGCUGCAGCGCAAGAGACUGCAAACGCUGCUGUCCGUGGACGAUAGUGUGGAGAAGAUAUACAACAUGUUGGUGGACACUGGGGAGCUGGACAACACGUAUGUAAUCUACACGGCUGACCACGGGUACCACAUCGGUCAGUUCGGACUGGUCAAGGGGAAAUCCAUGCCCUACGAGUUUGACAUCAGAGUUCCCUUUUACAUCCGCGGCCCAAAUGUGGAGGCAGGAGGCAUCAACCCACACAUCGUGUUGAACAUAGACUUGGCCCCCACCAUCCUGGAUAUUGCAGGGAUGGAUGUUCCACCAGACAUGGAUGGCAAAUCCGUCCUCAAGCUCCUGGACACAGACCGUGUCAUGAACAGGUUCCAGCUCAACAAGAAGGGAAAAGUGUGGAGGGACUCGUUCCUGGUGGAGAGGGGGAAACUGCUACAUAAAAUACUGAAUGACGAGAAAGAUAUGGCCCAGGAGGAGAACUACCUGCCCAAAUACCAGCGUGUUAAAGACCUGUGCCAGCGCGCAGAGUACCAGACGCCAUGUGAACAGAUCGGCCAGAAGUGGCAGUGUGUUGAAGACGCCACAGGGAAGCUGAGGUUGUCUAAAUGCAAAGGCAUGGCCAGUCUGUCUGCAGUGCGGAAGCCGUCUGUAUCCAGCAUCAAAUCCCAGCUUUAUCUUCAGAGCAUGAGCGCUGAUGUCAGCGUGAACUCUGAGCCUCAAGCCUGCAACUGUGAACCCAAAAGCUACAGCACCUUCUCCAAGAACAAACUCUUCUCCAAAAAGAAACUGAAGUCAAUGAAGAGCUACUCCAGGAACCGCUUUGCCCGUGCUGUUUCCAUGGAGAUGGGAGGAGACCUGUACGCAGUGGACCUGGAUCAUGAGCACAGACCCGCGGGCCCCAGGAACCUCAGCCUCCAGCAGAACACAGCGGAUGAGGACGAGUUCAGCGGGAUGGGACCCACUGCAGUCGGCCAGACCAGCAACAGCCUGACUGUGCCCUCCUCCAUUAAAGUCACUCACAGAUGUGCCAUUUUGGCCAAUGAUACAGUGAAAUGUGACGGUGGUCUGUACAAAUCACUGCAAGCGUGGAAGGACCACAAGCUCCACAUCGACCAUGAAAUCGAAACACUCCAGACCAAGAUUAAAAACCUGCGUGAGGUCAGAGGUCACCUGAAAAAAGCACGACCUGAAGAGUGUGACUGCAACAAAUACUAUUACAAAUCAAAGUACAAGAGUAAACUGAGGAAAUACAAAGCAGGAGGCGUCCAUCCGUUCAGUAGGAAAGGAAAGGACAAGGAUAAGAAGGCCUGGUUAUUACUGGAGCAGAAGCGCAGGAAGAAGCUGAGGAAGUUACUGAAGCGUCUGCGCAACAAUGACACCUGCAGCAUGCCUGGCCUUACCUGCUUCACACACGACAACCAGCACUGGCAGACCGCUCCCUUCUGGACACUGGGGCCGUUUUGUGCGUGCACUAGUGCCAAUAACAACACCUACUGGUGCAUGAGGACCAUUAAUGAGACACACAACUUCCUGUUCUGUGAAUUUGCCACUGGAUUUCUGGAGUACUUUGAUAUCAACACAGAUCCGUAUCAGUUGGUGAAUGCGGUGAACACACUGGACCGGUAUGUUCUCAAUCAACUGCAUGUGCAGCUCAUGGAGCUCAGAGGCUGUAAGGGACACAAGCAGUGUAACCCUCGCACACGCAGCCUCGACAUGGAGGACAGAUUUGGGAAGGAUGGGAAGGAUAACUCAUGGAACGAGGACGUCCCGGAAGACACCGACCUGUUUCCCGGCGAGUCUAACUGGUCCGAACUUGAACCUUUGUACAGACUUGAUGAGCACGCCUACGAUCUCAAACUCAACUUCACCCUCAGCCUCGAGGACUGGGCUCAUUUCAGCCGCUCCGUGGAGCACAUGUUCACGCUCCUCAGCAACGACAACCAGCCGUACUCUCCUCCCCGUCCCGAGGACAAACACACCGGGAGAGGCCACGCCCUGGUGUCCUCCAGCCAAUCCGCUUCAGCCAUCUACCUGACCACUCUGGCCACCCCCGCGCUUUUACUGAAGGAAGCUGGUGCUGAGGUUUUGAGGGAUGCUUUUGGGCUGAACCAACAGGAACGUCCCUCUUCUUCUUCGUCUUCAUCACGCCCCAUGGACAAGGCGGGCUUGGACGCUCCUCUCGGAGAACUGAAAGGGGACGGCCUGAGAGAAGGGAGGGAUGUCGAUGAGGAGGAAGAGGAGGAGUUUGUUCAGAGACGGACAGGAAAGUUAAGCUCCACCCACUGCGACUGCAAUGACAUUUUGCAGGAAACGGUUUGACUCUCAUGUAAUGUUCCUCGCUCACACCGUCCCUCGUCAGAAAGACAUCGCAAAAUACUUCUAAAUUUGAAGGAAGUGAAGAAAGAGGAGGGUUUAUGCCAGCAUACAGUCCUUCAGUUCAUUUUUCUUCUCUCAUAUGUUCACUCGCU